CGCAGACAGUGGCCGCGCAGGUGUGAGAGCCAGACCCGGUCCCGGAACCACCAGGAAACAGCGGAGGACCGGGAUCGGCUCCUCGGAGGCGUUUCUCCUCGUGAAGCCUCCGGAUGCGUCGCUCGUUGGGAGCGUGCACGAUGCUGGGCGCCGUCAAGAUGGAGGGACACGAGCACGCGGACUGGAGCGGCAGCGGCUACUACGGAGAGACCGAGUGUUACACCACAGCGGGAAACAUGAGCUCCAUGAGCAGCUACAUGAGCGCGCCUGGCCACGUGAACGCGCAUUACGUCAACCCGGUGGGGGUCAACCACUCGUCGGUGCACUGCGGGGGGCCGCAGGGCCCCGGGGCCGUGGCGCAGGCCGCGGUCGGGCUGACGGGCCUGGGCCCGGGCGUGAGCUCCAUGAGCCCGCCGCCGCCGCCCUACGGGAGCCCGGUGUACGGUCAGGCCUGCGGGGCCCGGCCCCGGGAGCCCAAGCCCUACCGGCGCAGCUACACGCACGCCAAGCCGCCGUACUCGUACAUCUCCCUGAUCACGAUGGCCAUCCAGCAGUCCGGCAGCAAGAUGCUGACGCUCAACGAGCUCUACCAGUGGAUCACCGACCUGUUCCCGUUCUACCGGCAGAACCAGCAGCGCUGGCAGAACUCCAUCCGCCACUCGCUCUCCUUCAACGACUGCUUCGUCAAGGUGCCCCGCUUACCGGACAAACCGGGGAAGGGCUCCUUCUGGGCGCUGCACCCGGACUCCGGCAACAUGUUCGAGAACGGCUGCUACCUGCGGCGGCAGAAGCGCUUCAAGUCCGGCCGCGCGCCCGGUGCCGCGGAGCGGGAGGGCUCGGAGGGCGGCUCGGUCACCGCCGGCAGCAGCCGCUCCGACUCCCCGCACUCCUCCUCCUCGUCCUCCCCGCCCGCGGACGUCAAGGCCACCGGGGCCGACCCCAAGGCGCACCGGGCCGAACUGUUGCCCCCCAGCCCCGUGCGCGUGCCCUCUCCGCUGGCGCACACGCAGCACCUGUUCACGCACGCCCCCUACCACCCCCCGCUGCUGCUGCACGAGGCCGCGCACCUGAGGCCCGACCACUACCCCCCCCACUACUCCUUCAACCACCCGUUCUCCAUCAACAACCUCAUGUCGGAGCCCGUGGGGCAGCACGGGGGCUACGGGGGCUACGGGGGGUACGGCUGCCCGGUCACCGGCCCGCUGGUGGCCGCCAAGAGCGGCCUGGAUCCCGCGCACGGCGACUCGAGCUACUACCGCGGCGCGUACACGAGGCCCGUAAUGAACACCUGAGAGACACCGAGGACACACCGAGGACACACCGUGGACAGACCGAGGACAGACCGAGGACACACCGGGGACACACCGAGGACAUUUGUGAAGGACGGCGCGGGGCUUUUCAUCAGUCAUUUGUGUGUUUGUAUUUGUGCAACAGAUAAAAAAUCUUUAUAUGAAAGCAGUCUUUUUUUAAUGUUUUAUUUAAUUCAGAUUAAGUGAUGCCUCUUGAGCACUAAAUGUUCCUCAUUAAACGGUUUGAUUAUCAUCUGCAGGGUCACAGAGAGAUGACAUCAUCGAUAACAAGGACACGCAGAAAUGUUCUUUAAUCACAAAAACGUGACGUUUAGCAGCAGAGAAGAUCUUCAUCAGCAUCAUCAACGCCUUUAAUUUCUUAUAAAUGUAAAGGGAAUGAAGAAGAUGAAGAUCAGAACAGAAUGAAUAUGAAAAUGCUCUUGAAAAACAUUUGAAUACAAUUUUAAAAGGUACAACUAUGUUUUUAUUCUUGACACAAUUUGUUGACAAAUCAAUCAACGCUAAUUUUCAUUUUUAAAAUAAAAAUAU